GCCCAGCCGCCCUCCGCGACAGCUGUGAGCGCCGCGCCGCACGCCCAGCGCCCCAGCCCGCCUACCGAUCUUGACGCGCGUACUACGCCUGACGUUACCCCUACAUACCUCGUAUACCCAAACGCACAUAAAUAUAAACAUUCUCUAUCACACACCCCAAAAGUUAACGUUUCAUUAUAAAGGAAUAAGAACCUUUCUAGGUGCCACGAUAAAGCGGGAUUCUCGUUGUCCUUUGACAUAUUUUUGCUUCAGUUGAGGCGCCACAGGAAAAUCAAUAAGUGAAAAGUUAUAAGAAAAUAUUAAUAAUGUGAGACCAAAACUGUCUUUUAAAUAUUAUUGGUGAAAUAAGUGUGUGGUGCAGUGCUGUAAGUGCGUUGUAGCGAUGAGUUUCCUGUCAUCAAUCAGUCAGUACGUGGCGGGCGUGGCGGACAGCGUGGCGGGUCUGGCGCUGUCCCCGCGCCGCGCGCCGCCGGCCCGCCAUCGCUCCGCCGAGGAGUCGCAGGCGCAGCCGCCGCAACCAUCCACCGCCACCAUGCGAGGUUUUCCGCGGGUAGUGCCAACAGAGGGCGCUUCAGCUCUGAGCGCUAGACGGAGAACCCUGGACUGUCUGGCCCCAGCCGCGCCGCCGCGUCGCGGGGGCAGUCUCCGCGUGCCCCGUCACCCGCCGCCGCCGGAAAAACCUGCUAUGGCUUUCUGCAAGAGGCGCCUCUCCUGGCCUGAAGUCGACAACUCUGUCAACUCUGGGGUACAAGAUACUGACGGGUCGUACUUCGAGAGCUUUACCGCGCUAUCGUGGAGGCAAGAGAACCGGCGUUUGGCAGCCCUGAGACUAGCUGAAGCCAGGGCAGAGAGACCACCGCCAGCUCCACAUGAGCUGGGUCUACCCAGCGUCUCGGCCCAACUAUCACAUAAGGAACAUGAACAUCUUUAUACAGAGGUUUUGUACUGCAUCGAGAAUGCAGUAGGCGCUCCCGCGCCUGACGGUCAAUUUGGAUCCUACAAGGACGAGGUGAUAGAUUACGCGCGGCGCGCGUUCGGAAUAUCGCCAGAACUGCACAACCGCGCACUGCGCGCCGCCGGCAGCGAGCGGCCGCCCACCGUGGUGCUCGGCUGUGCUGUCAUUGAGGCCGACGGGCUCGAGGCCAAGGAUGCUAAUGGGUUCAGCGACCCUUACUGCAUGCUGGGUAUCCAGCCGGCGUCGCUGCCUGCGUCCCCUCGUGCCUCAGAAGACGAGGGCCGCAAGCACGGUUUUCGGCUCAGCUUCAAGCGGCGCGAUGGCCGGCAGCAGCGCGACAGCCUUGGCCGGCUGCCGGCGCGCUACAUUCGUGCGACGAGCGUUCGACCGCACACGCUCUCGCCCAAGUGGAACGAAACCUUUAAAUUUGAUAUCGAUGAUAUAUCGUCGGACGUACUCCACCUGGACAUCUGGGACCACGACGACGAGAGUUCAGUCCUGGAUGCAGUAUCUCGUCUUAACGAGGUCCGCAACGUGCGCGGCCUGGGCAGGUUCUUUAAGCAAGUCUGUCAGAGCGCCAGGCAGGGAAGCCAAGAUGACUUCCUUGGUUGUGUGAACAUCCCCUUGCGUGAGAUACCCUCGACAGGCGUGGAGGCCUGGUACAAGCUGGAGGCGAGGUCGCAGAGGUCGUCGGUGCAGGGCCGUAUCCGCCUGCGGCUCUGGCUAUCGGCGCGCGAGGCUGGCCGGCACGACGACGACAACUGGCAGCAGGUACGACAACACGAACGGCUUUUCGGAGUUCUAUUAGUUCACGAAGUGGACACAGCGGGCUCUGGUGUGCCGCACGGGGCAGAGGGGGAGACCAGCCACUCCUGGGAAGGCGAUCUUUGCGGUCCCGCGCAGACUCUGCUGCAUCAGCAUGCUAUACAAGGCGACAUGAGUGCGCUACAAGCUGCCAUAGCCCGAUUUGCGGCGGCCUGCAGACUCAACAGCGAUGCUCCGCUUGAUCCCAAGUACAUGUACAAGUUACUGACCGAGUUAGAGCGCGCGUGGUGCUCGAGUGAAAAUGCGUGCAGUGGCGAGGCCAGCGGUGGUUUCUCCAGAGACGAGGAGCGCUGGCUGGCUGACUGCUUCGGGGAAUUCGUGGAGAGGGCGCUGCAUCAGCUGCGGCUGCAUAGGGACCUCUAUCCUGUGCUGCAUCACCUCAGUCUCAACAAGUUGGAAUUUCUUUUGCGAUGUCUGAGUCAACUGUCACAAAUGAAAGCUUUCUGGAGAUGCUGUCCUUUUAACAAAGAAAUCAGAACGGAGAUAAUGGGCGCCUUACGGAAAGGAACAUCAGAAUGGUACGAGGCCCUAUGCGCACAGGACACGGAGUCAGAACGCGGGGAAGACCUGGUCAACCUGAUCACCCUAGUACAAAUCGACCUUCAGCAAGGCCUUACAUACUACCACCCGCUCUUCGAAACGACAAAUAAUGUACCGUACUUCAGUGUCGUGUUCACACAAAUAGACAAAAUGGUAUCAGAAGACGUGAGGCAAUGUGUUGAACAUUGGAUAGAGGCAGGCUGGUGUGGAGUCGCCGAGGAAGAGGUUUAUGAUGAUUUGGGAAACGGAAUGUGUGUGGUGUCAGCAAAGACGUUGCCUUUCGAAGUGUUGUCGGCGGUGCGCGAGCUGUGCGCAGCGGCCGCGCCCGCACCCCUGCCGCACGCCGCGCACGACCCGCCCCCGCAGCUGAUCGACGCUUACUUGUGGUUCGAGCCCUUGAUCGAUCGCUGGCUGGCUGUUACCAAGACUAUGGCGCUGCAGAGGGUCCGCGCGGCUGUCGAAUUAGAUCGUGCCGUGGAGGGAGAGCAUCUUGUGAAGCACAGCACGUCUUCCGUGGACACGGCAGCGUGCCUAUACCACAUGCGGUUGGUGUGGCGAGCGAUCGGCGGGCCAGAGGAGGGCUCUUUCCCCGGGGGACUGCGACUGCUCGAGGCGGCGUGCGCAACCGCACUGCAUUACGCCGACCUCGUCCACGGUGCGCUGGCCGACCAGGGCUACUAUGAGAACCACGGUCAAAACAAGACGACAGAGGAAAUAUGCACGAUCGUGAAUAACUUGGAAUACGUGCGCCGCUCGCUCGCAGAAUAUGACGAUGAACACACUGCGAACGAUGAAAACAGCCGGCAGCUGGUGCGAGGCGCUUUAAGCACUUUGGACUCCCGGGUGGCACGGGCGUCGGCCCCUCUCGCGGCCCGAGCCCGACCUCCACUGCGGAAAGCAGUCUUCCAUCUAGCGUGGUCUCCUGACACAUUACCCACGCCCCAGGCCAUAACUCCCCUAUUGGAGUUCCUAGACCAGCAUCUGUCGUUUCUGAACACCUGGUUGCUGCCGCGAGCGUUCACUCGCGCGCUGGGCGGCUGCUGGAGCGCCGUGCUCAAGGAGGUCUCGGCGCAGGCGGACGCGGGCGGCGCCGAGCGACCCAGGGUCUACCACCACAGGCUAAGGGAGGCCCUUGAUCUCUUGGCUGAGUUCUUUCAUGCUGAAGGCAAAGGUUUGCCGAUGUCCGAAGUGCAUAAUAGUGAGUGGGCACGCGUUGAGCAGAGAAUGCAGUACCACCAGGCACCCACUGAGGAGCUGGUGGAGCUGUGGCUCGCUGACAGGCUCGCCGAGCAAGUCAGGACACCGCUACCAUCACCCUACGGCUCCAUCUUAGUGAGGGUGUACUUCAACCACGACUCGUUAUGCGUGGAGGUGCUCUCAGCCCGUGACGUCAUCCCCCUCGACCCCAACGGCCUGAGCGACCCGUUCGUGGUGCUCGAGCUGCUGCCCAAAAGGCUCUUCCCGAAAGCGCAUGAGCAGAGCACAAAUGUCCAAAAAAAAACACUCAAUCCUGUAUGGGAUGAGUGCUUCGAGUUUGGCGUGUCACUGGAGGCAUGUCGUUCGGGGCAAGCUGCGCUGUCGCUGACGGUGUGGGACCGUGACGUGCUGACAGCGGAUGAUUUCGCGGGGGAAGCGUUCGUGUCACUGUCGCGCGUCCCCGGCGUUAACAGUCACGCGCCGCCCGACCCGCUGCGCCCGCUCGAACUGCCGCUCAUGCAGCUCCAUGACCGCAAUCAUCCUAUUCUACAAAUACUGGAAUCCAGGACAACGGACAAGCUUGCAAUGGAAUUCGUUAAGAAACAGAAACUUAGGUUCGCCGAGCAGUAAAUUAGCUGUGCUAUUUAUCAGCAAAAUACUUAUUUUAUAUUAUAUUCUUACACUUUCAUUUACAAUUAGUUCAUUAUUUGAAUUUACGCACAACGUCCAUUUAAAUGUCGACAAUAUUCUUAUUAAUUAAUUAAAAUAUAUUUUACAAAGAGGUCGAUAUUUUUUACAAUCAAAAUUAAGUUAUUUUAUUACCGUUAAUAUGUACCCAUUUAUUAUAUUAAGAUAUAUAAUUACACAACAGUAUUAUUGUAUAAAGUACAUUGUACUUCAAAGACUGUAUUUCUUCUAUUUAUGAGAGAAUAUAAAUAUUGUGAAUGUCUACUUCAAACAUUUUAUAUGUGUAUAGUUAGUACGCACCCUCGGAGCUUAUGUCCCUAGUCUUAGUCUCUCUUAGAAAUCCCGACCAAGUACUAUAAGACACAUUGUUACCCCAUGUUUCAUGACAACUCUUGUAUAUUAUAUGUGAAAAUUCUUUCAACAUUCAAUACUUUCUUUACUAUUAUUGAUAAGCAGAUUUUUCUUUGUUAUUCCAUUUCUUAAAGUGGGUUGUCUCAACCAUUACUGAAUAAAGUAGUUAGAUAAUUCGCUGACUUUAUUGCACCCAACUUAGAGCUUUGCCUAUGGCUAAUGAGCUUGAAUAUUAUUCUUUAUCAAUAUACCUGUUAUAUUUUAUCAAAUUUAAAGCUUUUGUGAUUGUUAAAUUGCGCUUCAAACGAGCUUGGUAUUGAUCAUCUAUCCGUCACAUUUUAUAAUUAUACAUUGUCUUUGACGACUGAUUUUCAUUGUUAGUUUAAUAAUUAUACAUUUUAAUAACUUUAUGUGAAAACGUUCACUGUGUAUACAUUUGUGUAAAACUAUAGAGGAAAUUGUAUUGAUGUUUAUAAUAAAUAUAUUGUAGCAAGUUAAUUUAUGUAUGUACUUGAAGAAUGAGAUUUAAUAUAAGUCUUUAAUGUAUCAAAUGUAUUGAACGAUCGAAAAUACUAAUUUCGUUUUCGAAGAAUAUUAUGAAAUGCUAUCAAUAUGAACUUUGGAAAUAUGAAUAAAACUUAUUGAAUUAAAUGAGAUAAGUAUAUGAAAUGACAUAAAAACGUAAAAACAUUACAUAAAAACGAAGUUGUUAGCGUCCUAUCAUCUGCAAUAAAAGAGCUGACGAUUUCCAAACGGCUGAAUAUACAUUUUUCGAACAUAACUAAGAAUAUUUUUGAUUAAAUUCUCUUUGAAAUAAAUAAAAAAAAUAGAUUAAAAUCGGUUCCGCCGUUUGGCUUCUAUGGCGCCACGGACAGAUACAUACACAGACAAGACUCGUUAAACUUAUAACUUCCCUCCUACUGUCGUCGGGGAUUCAAAUUUAUAUGAGAUGAGAUAAAAAUUCGCAUAUUACCAAAAAUCAACAAAUGAAAUGCAUAUAUAAGUUACAUGUACCUAUUUUAUACAGUCCAACAAUUAUUUUGUAGAUAUCCUAUGAAAAUAAGGAACUCGAUUUUCCUUCUGGAAAUGUAAUGCCUUGUAUAACUUAUGCUUUAAAAUAUACUUAUUUACGUACUGAAGUGUAGGUACCCUUAGCAUCAAAUCGUUAUAUAGCAAAGCCUCCUUCCAAUCCAUAUCACUGAGCUUUUCUAUCUAUUGGAUCAUAUCACUAGAAAUUAUGAAAACUAUUAAUGGUCAAAUGUUUACUAUUUUCUUAUAUGUAAACCUUUUCGAAUAGUUUACCGGCAAACAACUUAUUUAUGUACUUCUAAAAUGUAUAUGUUCUGAUUACAAAACUUACAACUUAUAAUAUCAAACCUUUUGGCAAAACAAGACCAUACCAAAAGUCAAUUAUUUAAAAAUAGGCUUUACGAAUAAAUUAUUUCCAUAAUACAAUUUAUAUAUGUAUAUUUUGGAUCUUAUUGCUAAUAAUUGCAAUUUUAUAAAUUAUAUUUAUACAAUGUUAAUCUAUCCAUAUUUAAAGAGUUAAUAAACUGAACAUACAAGUUUUAAUGGAAUUGAUUCGAUAUCAUAAAUGGAACAAACAAGAGAGGGAUUCCCUUGAGGCUAACUUCGAAGAAAAAUAAAAGGUUUUUUGAAUCAUCUUAGUAGUAAACUUCUACCCUUAUCGGCUCAUAUAAAAUGUGUGUGAUAGAGUUGAUAUAUCUGUAUCCCAUUGAUUCCAAUAUACUAUUGACUGUCCGUAGAAUUCCCAUAUACCUACUAAAAUACAUAGAAAUUAUAAAUCAGUGUCUGAAUAAUUUACAGAUAGGUACUAGAUAAAAUCAAUGUUAUAUUAUACUAUUAUUGACACUUGUGUUCCUGGCUUUAAUAAACUCUAUGAAAUUAAA